GCUUUCAAAUGAAGUUACAAGUCCAGAGACUAAGUAUUAUAAAGCUGUUGCUAUCCCAAAGCUUGAGCUUGCACUCAAGAAAUUUAUAUUAAUAUAUCAGAAUCAUACUAGUCUAAGUGAUGCUAUGAUAGUUGAAAAGGCCAAAUUGUUAGCAGAGAAACUUGGUGUUUCUAAAGGCAAGUUGUAUUUUUCAGCCAGAUGGAUAUUAGAGCAAGGCUGGGAAGAAGUUUUAGCUGAUACUAUAAGCAAUUGCUGGAAUCAUACUCAAAUUCUUCCACCUAGUGCAAGUUAUUUGGAUAAUCUUCAUGAAACUAAUGAUUUAGAGCUUAGAGAUCUUAUUAGUUUACUUGAUAUGCUUUGUCUUCCCAAUGCAAUGGAGGUUAAUGAAUUUCUUAAUAUUAACGGUAAAGAAGUU